CCUUGGAGAUGCUCAAAUUUGAAAUCAAUAUAAACAAAGUGCUAGCCGACAGCCGUAAUUUGAGCCGUAAUGAGCAAGUGACUCUUUAGUGCCCUGGAGCAAGUAAUGAGUAAUCUUGCCCGUAAUCGUAAUGUUUGCGUAAGGUGUUUUUAUCCUUGUUUUUAUCAUUGAGUGCUGCCUGUAUUGGAUUUAUUGGAUAGAUUGAGCGCACGUUCCAAGAAGGGCCAUGGAGAAAGUUAUUGUCGCUGUUGCGCUACAUGUCCUUUUCAUUUCCGCCUGCAAUGCCGUCGCUCCGGCAAUGUCUGUGCGCACCAGCGCUGACGACACGGAUCGUCUGCUGGUGAUGCCCCGGCAUCCGUUCAUCAUCAACUGCUCGCUGGAGAACAGCGACGCACCCAACGUACUGGUCGUCUCCUGGUAUAAAUCGUCGGAAGGCAGUGAGCGUCAGAAGAUCAACUCCACGGACCGGGUGAAGACGGCCGGAGACUCGCUGGUCAUUCUGGAGCCGUCGCCCAUGGACGACCCGGGCAACUACACUUGUGUGUUCGACGUGAAAACUGCCGAAGGCCGGCCCGAGGCUACUGUCCAGGUUAUUGCAAACGUCACCGUGAGGAUGCCAGGAGUUUCCAUAAAUAAGAUGGAGGGAGAGGAUCUGGUCAUUCACUGCAAAAUGCGCGGAAAACCCUGGCCAGUCGUCCAUUGGACCAAAGACGCCCACCCGAUCGCCGAGGCCAUCGGGAACGCCUCCACCCGUCUACAGUUGGAGCAGGACGAGCUCGGCUUCCCGUCGGCGCUGCUGUCGCUGUCGACGCUGCGACGGCCCGACGACGUCGGCGACUACUGCUGCCACGCCCAGAGCGUCGCCAACGCGGCCGUGGGGUGCACCAUCGUCAGGGUUAAAGACAAGUACGCCGCGCUGUGGCCGGUGAUUGGUAUCGUGGCCGAGCUGCUGCUGCUCGCUGCCAUCAUCUCCUUCUGCGAGUCCAGGAAGCCCAAGCCGGCCGUGGUGGAGGAUCCCGACCAGGAGAGCUCCGCAGACAAGUCAGUGACCGCGGCUCCGGCCGUCCCCCCGGCGCGAGUCGUCAGCUGUGAUAGCUACUUGGCACCUCCUCCACCGGGACAGACUGCAGGGGACGUGCGACAGCGCAAAUAGACACCUGGCGGCCAAACUCGGAACCUGUCGUUUCAUCGACCCUCGCAAAAGGACGGGUCCGUGGGAAUCCCAACAGGCGGCAGGACCGUACGCUAUACAGUGCCCAGGGGCUUACUUUGUACAGUUUCGUCAAGUGUGUAUUGUGUUUCGUGUCCCCUGUUCAGUUCGGGAUGGUGGACCAAAAAAUGGAGACCGACCUGCGCAUACGUUAAACUCUGUAACUGGGUGGCCAAGCUUAACUGAACAUUUAUCAGUCUGACUAGUGGAUCCUCUUUGCUGAGGAACGACGGUUGGAACCGAGAUCGGUCUUGCUCGUGGUGUGAAUGGUUUGCUGUUAUGUGACUGCUGAAGGUUCUCAGGCCCAUCACUAUCUGCCUUAUUCACACGUGUCCCAGUGCAAUAACACUUGUGUAAAUGUUACCUGCUCAAUAUUUGGGGUUAACUGACAUUUGCAAAUAUGGGCGUGGUUAAAAGCAGGUUUGGCGCAUGACACUCCGAGUUCUUUGAGCCUUUUCAAAAGUCCAUCCAUGAGUAAGGGAUUAUUAACGAUUUCUGUGCGCUGUGCAUUUUUUUUCUCAAUGUGAUUUGAAUUCGUCGUUACAUUUAUGUUGUGCAGUGGACAUUUAAAUGCAUGAGCACAUCGU